AGUUAGAUCAGUACCAUUUUAAACACCCUUGAGAUCAGUAUUCUGUUUCAAAUUUUAAUUAAUUAAUUUUCAAUUUAAAAAAAAGGUGAUAUGGCUAAAAUAUUAUUAGUUACCGUUCUCCUCAUUUUUUGUGUCGCUCAAGUUACAUCUACAAUAUGCUACAACUGUGACUCCCAGACUAGUGAAUCAUGUCGUGAUCCUCCAAAUACUAACAUCAUACCUUACUUCGAAUGUGGACCUAAUACCAAAUGCGGAAAAGUUAUUGCACAUGGGAAUGGAAGAUCAGUAUUACUGAGAGCAUGUGCCUAUAAUUACGAGACAUGCAGCGAAAUUGCACAAAUUCCUGGAAUUACGAUCGAGCAUUGUUCAUUCUGCUAUACGGAUUUAUGCAAUAGUUCAGUGAAGCUGUCCGGAGGAUUCUUUGCUAUUCUUCCAGUAAUCGUGUCCAUUUUUGUCCUAAAUAGAUCCUAA